GGAGUCAGAAGUUUCUUGGGUUACACUGGGUUUUUACCAUCGCUUCAUCAAAGACUUUUUCAAAAUCUCGAAGCCGUUAUGCAAUCUAUUGGAAAAAUGGGCUCCAUUUUACUUUUCUGAGGAGUGCUUGACUGCUUUCAACACCUUAAAGGAAAAAUUGGUAUUUGCUCUAGUGUUGACUUCUUUAGAUUGGAAUUAUUCGUUUGAGCUUAUGUGUGAUACUAGUGAUCACGCAGUGGGGACAGUGUUAGAUCACUCAGCCUUGAAAUAUCUAAUGAGCAAGAAGGAUGCAAAGCUGAGACUUAUUCGAUUGAUACUCCUAUUGCAAGAAUUCAAUUUAGAGAUCAGAGAUAAAAAGGAGAUCGAGAAUAUCAUCACAAGACCAUGGUACACCGAUUACGUCAAUUAUUUGGCCCGUUCCAUCAUACUACUGGACUACUCAAGGCACCAGAAGAAGAAAUUCUUCAGUGACAUAAAACACAACUUUUGGGAUGAUCCAAUUCUUUACAGAAAGGGUCCAGAUCAUAUCAUAUGCUAUCGUGUGCUAGAAGUACAACAACAACAACAAAGGAUUGGAAACAUCUCAAGGAAGAAUGAGAUGCCCUUAAACAGCAUUUUGGAAGUUGAAAUAUUUGACGUUUGGGACAUUGACUUCAUGAGACCUUUUUAUCCAUCAUACGGGCAACAGUAUAUACUGGUGGCAAUGGAUUACGUGUCUAAAUGGGUUGAGGUAGUUGCUUUGCCAGCCAAUGGAGGUCAAGUAGUGACUCAUUUUCUGAAGAAGAACAUUUUCACAAGGUAUGGCACCCCGAGGGCAAUUAAUAGUGAUGGUGGGAAGUAUUUUUGUAACAGCCUUUUUGCAUCACUAUUGGCCAAGUAUGAGGUGGAGAUCUUCAACAGGGAGUUAAAGAAAAUUCUUGAAGUUACGGUCAAUGCAUCAUGUAAAGACUAUCCUAAGAAAUUGGAAGAUGCACUUUGGGCUUAUAGAACAGCAUUUAAGACUCCAAUUGGCAUGUCUCCAUAUCAAUUGGGCAGCAAGAGAAAAAGGGUUCUACAACUUCAUGAGCUCAAUGAGUUUCGUUUGGAUUCGUAUGAGAAUGCAAAGAAUUACAAGGAAAAGACCAAGAGAUGGCACGACAAGCAUAUAAAGAAAAAUGAGUUUCAGCUAAAGUCUAGGUGGUUGGGUCCUUUCACAGUGGUAGCCGUGUCUCCACAUGGUGCUGUGGAGAUGGUGUCUUGGGAUCAACAUAGAAGGUUUAAAGUAAAUAGACAAAGGUUGAAAGCUUAUCAGGGAGGUGACUACUCUAGUGAGAAGACAACCAUACCUCUUAAUAGUGCAGAAUAUGGCCCCCCCAAUGAAAGAAUACUCCCUCCAUCUCCAAAGGCAAGGAAAAGGUCGCAGGAUCUUCUAGAACAGCUCGAACACGACUUGACGACAGGGGUUGGGAGAAAAUUACAAGUGAACCUCAGAAGGUCUAUCCCACUUUGGUGCAAGAAUUCUAUGCCAACUUCAAUGAAGAUUUAG